AAGAGGAAGCCAAAAUCAACAUUUCGUUAUAUAUGCGGCAUGCCUAUAAGAACAAGUCUUGGCUCCUCAGCUCUCACCAUCUCAGGUCUCAACCAACACACUUAUGGUUUAUUCAACUGAAGAAAAAUCAUUCCUCUAACAAGGCAAUCACAAGAAAGUCAUGGCGGGCGGAGGAUCGUCCGGUGCCUCUCUCGAAUACACUCCGACAUGGGCACUUGCCACAGUUUGCUUCUUCUUCAUCUUCAUCUCUAUUAUCCUAGAAUACAUCAUCCAUCUCCUUUCCCACUGGCUAAAGAGGCGUAGGAAAACCGCGUUGAACGAUGCAUUGGAGAAGCUUAAAUCAGAGUUGAUGCUUCUGGGGUUUAUGUCCCUCUUAUUGGCAGUAACUCAAGAACGAAUUUCUAAAAUAUGUGUACCUAGCGGCGCUGGGAACAUCAUGCUCCCAUGUCGUAAACAGACUAAUUCCGAACCUGAAAACCUAGUAGCAAUCAAGCACUUCACAAAAGUAAUGAUCUGGAAUUUGUCAUCGAUGAAUGAUUUGUGGGGACCUUAUAGAAGGCUGGAAGAAGAAGAAGAAGAAGAUAAUGAUGCUCCUCCCAGUCCACCUGAAGCUGCUGCAACUGAUUCUUGUCCAAACGGAAAGGUUGCCCUAAUGUCACAAGAUGGGAUUCAUCAACUUCACAUAUUCAUUUUCGUGUUAGCAGCUAUGCAAAUCGUGUAUACCAUUCUCACUCUAGCUUUGGGUAGGGCCAAGAUGAGACGCUGGGAAGCAUGGGAGAAAGAAACUCAAACAACAGAGUACCAAGUUGCCAAUGAUCCUAAUCGAUUCAGAUUUACAAGGCAAACAACAUUUGGAAGACGGCACCUGACUACUUGUACAGAAACAUCAUUUCAGCUAUGGAUUAAAUGUUUCUUCAGACAGUUCAUUCAUUCAGUAGCAAAGGUUGAUUAUCUCACUUUGAGACAUGGUUUCAUCUCGGCUCACUUAUCAAGCAGGCUUGACAACUUCAAUUUCAAAAACUAUAUACAGCGAUCCUUGGACGAAGAUUUCAAAGUCGUGGUCGGCAUCAGCCCUCUAAUGUGGUUUCUGGUUGUUCUCUUGCUGCUCCUGGAUGUGUACAGUUGGAAUGUAUUUCUCUGGGUAUCCUAUAUUCCUCUCUUGAUUGUACUCAUUCUAGGAACCAAACUUGAAGUCAUUGUUGCAAGAAUGGCUCUUCAAACCAAAGAUCAGAACAAUGUAAUUAUAGGAACCCCUCUUGUGAGACCAAAUGAUCGCCACUUCUGGUUUGGGCACCCAGGAUUUGUCUUGACUCUUAUACAUUAUACUCUAUUUGUGAAUGCAUUUGAGCUCGCCUUCUUCAUUUGGGUUACAAUACAGUUUGGUUUCAAUUCUUGUUACCAUGAGCGCACUGCGUUCAUUAUCACCAGGAUUGUGCUAGCGGUGAUAGUUCAAGUAAUUUGCAGCUACAUUACUCUUCCUCUCUAUGCACUUGUUACACAGAUGGGAUCUAACUUCAAGAGUAAAGUACUAGAAGAGCAAAUGGCCAAUAUUAUAAGGCAAUGGCACGCUGACGUAAGGGAGAGAAGGAGGAAGCAACAACUAUUCUUGCAAUCUCCUCGCACUUCUUUGUCUGCAGAAUGGAGUCCCAGAAGGGUUAGUGCCACUGAAUUUUCUUCUUUCCUAAGACCCACAUCUGUACCAAGCGACAGCAUUAGGAAAAGGGAAAUCCUAGAAGAAGAAGAAAUAAUGAGAGAAGAGGCAGCUAGCUCAUCUACACGUCCAUCCCGGCCUGUCACUUUAGAACUCUCGACCGUGAGAAGAGAGUAGAUUAUUGAUGACUGGGAGAUCAGCUUUUGUGUGUGUGUGUGAGAGAGAGAGAGAUAGAGAGAGAGCAGUGUUUUGUAAAUUAUAAUUCACCAUACAUGCAACUAUGUUUUGUGUGCCUUUACCGUGAUUAUAUGAAAAAUGGGUAGAAAAAUGAAUGGAAUAAUCAAAUGAAGAUCAUUGUGAAA